AUGGUGCUUGGCUCUGGAAAUACAACUGGGAACAAGAAAGUAAUAGUCCUCCUUACAGAAAAUCAAGAGGCAGUUUGCCAAAGUAAGCAAGCAAUGGAAUUAAAUAAUGAUAACUGCAAUGACAGAAGACCAUCAAUCCUGGACUGGGAAAUCUUUCUAGAAGAGUUGACAGGGAACCACCAUCUUCCAGUAAUUCACCAAAAUGACGAACACAAAGGAAAGGGGAAAGGUACCCGCUAUAUGUUCUCUAGACAUUUUAGAAAACAUGGAGUUGUUCCUUUGGCCACAUACAUGAGAAUCCAUAAGAAAGUUGAUAUUGUGGACAUCAAGGGAAUGGGCACUGUUCAAAAAGGAAUGCCCCACAAAUGUUACCAUGGCAAAACUGGAAGAGUCUACAAUGUUACUCAGCAUGCUGUUGGCAUUGUUGUAAACAAACAAGUUAAGGGCAAGAUUCUUGCCAAGAGAAUUAAUGAACGCAUUGAGCAUAUUAAACACUCAAAGAGUCGAGACAGCUUCCUGAAGCAUGUGAAGGAAAAUGAUCAGAAAAAGAAGGAAGCCAAAGAGAAAGGUCCUUGGGUUCAACUGAAGUGCCAGCCUGCCCCACCCAGAGAAGCACACUUUGUGAGAACUAAUGGAAAGGAGCCCGAAUUGCUGGAACCCAUUCCCUAUGAAUUCAUGGCAUGAUAAAUGUAAAGAAAACAAAAGACCUCAAGACUGUAAAAAUGUUUCUCUUAAUUGAGUAGAAGUGUGGUGUCCU